CCGCGGCGCGGCCAUGUUGCCGUAGUGUUGUUUUCUUCCUGCGGAGGCGAGGGGCCGCUGCGAACCGCGACGCGCGGGCCUCGCCUCUGCUCGCUCGCGGGCGCCGGCCCUCGCCGCUCCCCCGCCUCCCCGGCCCGUACCAGCGCCGUCGGCCCGCCAGAGGCUCGGGGGACGGCUGAAGGCCGGGCCCGGGGACCACCAUGGCGGCCGCCCUGGGCGCGGGCGGAGGAGCAGGCGCUGGAGAUGAUGACUUUGACCAGUUUGACAAGCCUGGUGCAGAACGGUCCUGGAGAAGAAGAGCUGCAGAUGAGGACUGGGACAGUGAACUAGAAGAUGACUUGCUUGGAGAAGACUUACUCUCUGGCAAAAAGAAUCAGUCGGAUUUGUCAGAUGAAGAGCUGAACGAUGAUCUUCUACAGAGUGAUAAUGAAGAUGAAGAAAAUUUCAGUUCUCAGGGUGUCACCAUCAGUCUGAAUCCUACCUCUGGCAUAGUUACAUCAUUUGAACUGUCUGACAAUACCAAUGACCAAUCCGGGGAGCAGGAAUCUGAGUAUGAACAAGGAGAAGAUGAACUAGCUUACCAUAAACCCGAGGAGCAAGAACUAUAUACUCAAGAGUACCCAGAGGAAGGACAAUAUGAAGGCCAUGAUCCUGAGUUGACAGAAGACCAAAUAGAAUAUGGGGAUGAGCCAGAGGAGGAGCAGCUCUACAAUGAUGAAGUGCUGGACAUUGAAAUCAAUGAGCCUUUAGAUGAAUUUACAGGAGGAAUGGAAACCUUAGAACUCCAGAAAGACAUAAAAGAAGAGUCAGAUGAAGAAGAUGACGACGAUGAAGAAUCUGGAAGAUUGCGUUUCAAAACUGAAAGGAAAGAAGGAACAAUUAUUAGGCUCUCAGAUGUAACUAGAGAAAGAAGGAACAUUCCAGAAACUUUGGAGCUUUCGGCAGAAGCCAAAGCUGCAUUGCUUGAAUUUGAAGAAAGAGAGCGACAGCAUAAGCAGGGACGUUAUGGUUCCCGGCGGGGAGGAAGGCGAGGAGGCUCACUGAUGUGCCGUGGAAUGGGAGAGCAGAGGCGAGAGAAUAGUGAGAGGGGAAGGAUGAAGGAGCACAGGCCCGCUCUACUUCCUACACAGCCUCCUGUUGUGGCUCACUCUCCAAGAUUAAUACCUCCUCCACAGCCACAGCCUCCUCCACCACCGCCACCACCUCAGCAGCAGCCAAUCAGAAGUCUUUUCCAGCAGCAGCAGCUGCAGCCUCUACUCCCCUUACAGCACCCGCAUCACCCCUCCCCACCUCAGGGAGUACACAUGCCCCCCCAGAUCGAGACUCCAAGGAUGAUGCUGACUCCUCCCCCAGUGACUCCUCAGCAGCCCAAGAACAUCCAUAUCAAUCCACACUUCAAGGGGACAGUGGUGACCCCUGUUCAAGUGCCCUUGCUGCCAGUUCCAAGCCAGCCGAGGCCUGCCGUGGGACCCCAAAGAUUCCCAGGCCCUCCAGAAUUUCCACAACACACACCUGGACCUGUUCCCAACAGUUUUAAUCAACCACCACGACUUCCUCUCCAGGACCAGUGGAGAGCCCCACCACCACCUCAGGAACGAGACCCUUUCUUCUUGGGAGUUUCAGGUGAACCAAGGUUCCCCAGCCAUCUCUUCUUGGAACAGCGGAGUCCUCCACCGCCUCCCCCACCCACGCUCCUGAACAGCAGCCAUCCUGUCCCCACUCAGAGUCCCUUACCAUUCACUCAGCCUGGACCAGCAUUUAAUCAGCAAGGACAGCAGCCAGUUUUCCCUAGAGAGAGGCCUGUAAGACCAGCCCUGCAGCCCCCAGGCCCAGUGGGGAUCCUGCACUUUAGCCAGCCAGGGUCAGCAACUGCCAGGCCUUUCAUUCCUCCUAGACAGCCGUUCCUACCCAGCCCAGGACAGCCAUUCCUGCCUACACAUGCACAACCUAAUCUCCAGGGACCCUUGCAUCCUCCGUUGCCGCCACCUCAUCAACCACAGCCCCAGCCUCAGCAGCCCCAGCAGCAGCCCCAGCAUCACCAGCACCAGCCACCUCUCCAGCCCCCCCUCCAGCCUCCACAUCAGCCUCCUCCACAACAUCAGCCUCCCCCUCAGCAUCAGCCACAGCAGCACCAGCAUCACCACCACCUUUCCGCUCCUCCGCCUCCUCUGAUGCCCAUGUCUCAGCCGCAGUUCAGACCACAUGUGCAGACUGCUCAGCCUCAGCCCAACAGUAGUCGGAUGCAGUGCACCUCACGUCAGGGCCUACGGCAUAAUGCAGCAUCUCAGAAUAUAAGCAAACGGCCCAUGCAGCCGAUGCAACCCACCGCUCCCAGAAACAGUAAUCUGCGUGAACUCCCCAUAGCACCUUCACACGUAUUAGAAAUGAGUGGUAAUCGCUCUUCAUCCACACCUGCAGCUCAGGUGAAGCCCACUGUCAACACAUCUCCACCCUCCAGGGCUGUGGUGGCUUCUAGGAGCUCCCAGGGAAAAUCUGAUGCAAAAGUCAAGCCGCUUAGCCCUGGGGCUCAACCUAAGGAAGAAACAAAAGCAGAACCAGAGUUCCCUGAUGAAGAUGAGGAGACAAGGCUAUAUCGUUUAAAGAUAGAGGAGCAGAAACGCCUGAGAGAAGAAAUCCUGAAACAGAAGGAGUUACGAAGGCAGCAGCAGGCUGGUGCCAGAAAGAAGGAGUUACUGGAAAGACUUGCACAACAAACACAACAGAUCUAUGGUCCACAGAACCCUGCGGAGCAAGAGGAGCUGGCAGCUACACCAUCACCCACGAAUGGUAACCCACUGUUGCUUCCAGGGACACAGUGCAGGCAGAAUGUGAAAACCAGACUUCUUGUUAAAAACCAAGAUGUUACCAUUGCUAAUGUUCAGCCCAGCAGUAACUUUGUCCCGCCUGGUGCUAACAUGCAGCAUCAAGGACAGCAUGUGAGACCACUGAAACAUCUUCGACAGCUGCCAACACAAAGUCCUCAAGUCAAGCCUAUGGACAUGGAGGAGGCCCCGCACUCCCCACAGGCAGCCAGAGUGACGUCCCUCCAGGGCCGGCCUCAGGACACCAAGCCAGGGGUGAAGAGGACUGUCAUGCACAGGGCCAACAGUGGAGGUGGUGGAGAUGGGCCACAUGUCAGCUCAAGAGACCGAGACUUGGCAGUUUCUGCAGGGGGAGGAGAGAGCGAUGGCUUUUCUCACACAGAGAGCCAGCCCCAGCGGCUUCCCCAGCCUCCGGACAUGAGACAGCAGCCUGCUCGCAAGGUGACGCUGACCAAGGGGGGUCCUCAGCAGCCCCAGCACCUGCCUGUUGGGCCCCACAUGUACCCGGCUAUUUCUCCAGGGAUCAAAAGCAUCCAAGGGAUUCACCCAGCCAAGAAGGCCAUCAUGCAUGGACGAGGCCGAGGAGUAGCAGGUCCCAUGGGCCGAGGGCGCCUAAUGCCAAAUAAGCAGAACCUUCGAGUGGUGGAAUGCAAACCACAGCCCUGUGUGGUGUCCGUGGAAGGACUGUCCUCAUCUACCACUGAUGCCCAGCUGAAGAGCCUGCUGAUGUCUGUGGGGCCAAUCCAGAGUUUACAGAUGCUUCCUCAGCAGCGGAAAGCCAUAGCAAAGUUCAAGGAGCCAGCCCACGCACUAGCAUUUCAGCAGAAAUUCCACAGGCACAUGAUUGAUCUGUCCCACAUAAAUGUGGCCCUGAUAGUGGAGUGAUCUUGAAUGGGAAAACCUGACCUCAUGCUGCACACACUGUGGAAUUUCUUCAAGGAAGCUCUAGGUUGGCACAGGAUCUCCAGAAGUGUAGGUCUCUCCGGUCUGCAGUUUGCUAUCUUCUCUGCACGCCAACCAGCCACAGGGUGAUUCCAGAAGCAAGUUAAACUGGUGGACAUGGGAUUGGAGUCUGGUGUUAGAUCGCUUUGAAUUCUGUCGUCCACAGAACUCUGUCCUCGUGUUCUUUUGUUUCCAAGUGCUUACAAUGCAUGUAGACCUUGUUCUUCAUGAUCCUACUGUGUGAUUGGUCACAGUCUUAGAUUCAGGAAGGAAUGUUACCAGCUCAAAUUCCAAGGAUUUUUCCACAGUAAAGAAUAUUUGAUAAUGGUUGCACUUAUCUUCAGUACAGGCUAGAAAAGAGUUCUCAACCAGGCUUAACUGGAGUGGUCUCAGAAAGCCCUCACAGGCUCUGGUAAAACAUAGGUAAAAAUUCGAGUGAUUAUGAUUGACACUCACCUGCCCUGGAAAGCCAGGGUGUGAGAUGGGUGACUGGGAAUGUUGCCAUGGAAGUGGCAAUUCUGCUUCUUGCAAAUACCUCCAAAGUGCUGCCUGUUUCAGCAGAGACUCUCAGGUGGGCACAGUGCUAGCUAAGCAAGCGCAGGAGUUCCAGGCCCAGUGGCUCUGUCGCCCUCACAGGCAGCCCUCUUGGCCUAGUUUCUUGGCACAGGUUGAGGCACAGCUUGAAAGGUGGUCAGACCUACUGGGCCUCUGCUCUUUAAAUGCCCUAGCUCUGUAGUGUGUGCUGUCAUUGCUUUGAUUACCUCACUGUCCUUCAGGGCUCUGAGUUUCCUUUGGGUUACCCUUCUAUCACAUAUGUGAGGGAUGGAUUUCUCAGCAGGGCUGAUGCUGCCCAAGAUAAGUGUGUCUGUCCACAUUAGUCAUUUUGGUCAGUUCUACCAGGCAAGACUCACUUUCUAAAAAACAUCCCAUGGAAGUCCAUGCUGGGCAGACACUGAACACAGUGCCUUAUUAUGUUUCCCCCAUGAACGCUUCAGUGUUUGGGACAUACUCUAAAAUGGGCAAUGACACUAGGACACACUCAGGACUUUUUAGUUGUAUUUUAUACCUGUAAUUUUAUCGUUCAUAUCUUAAUAGGACCGAGGGAAAUAGAAGUCUGCUGUCACUUACUGUCGCUGGGUAAUGAGGAGUAGGUGUAGGAUUUGAAGUAGCUGGCUUCCACAGCUGAAGUUUUACAUUACGUUCUCAAUUAAGUUGCCAGUGUUAACAACUGGAGAAUGGUACUCCAGGCCCUGUGAAACUUCAUAGGACCAAUUCUGAGAUGACAUUAUAUGCUGGCAAGGAGCACUGGGGGCAAUGUGGUAGUUAUUUGGGUUCCAGGCAAUUGAGGUGAAGCAUUUAUAGGAUGUCCUAGAAAACCUUGUGGCUAUGGUGCCACCUCUGACCACAAUGCCUCUGCCUCAGCCCUGGCAGGAGCAUUGAGGGCCAGCCCCACUGGGCCUUUACCAAGCUUGCCCAGUCCAUCCAAGUGCUGUCUGGUCACCCCACUGUCUCUCCCACUCAUUUCUCUUAGACACAGGGGUCGUUAAGAUAUUUCACUAAAUUGGUGAGUUUGAUAAUAUGUUAGCUCUAUUUGGACAAGAUAGAGGCCUUGUAGGAGAUUGAGGAUUAGGACACAGUAAAAGAAGUUUAAGAUGUUUGCUUCUUUCUGAAAUAGUUUUGAGUGCUGGGCCUUUAAAACCCAAAUCUACAUUUUUUUAAAAUUUGUCUGAAAAGUAGGCACUGACUCAGUGCAGUCAUUUAAGGAGACAGCCUCCUCAGCACCACUGCUCACCUCAGGCCUCGGGGCCACUGUGUGGUGAGGUGUCCAGAGCAUGUGUGUCCCUUAACUGUCUACACACAUGAGCUAGCUUUCUCUAUGUUGCAGUGUCCUGAGAGACCAGCUCCAAGCACUGCUUAGAACAGCCGCUCACUCUGGCCGUGGUACACAUCCACCUGGUGUGGACUGUCAGACCAGGCAGGGCCAGCCUUAAAGGCUUAAACUUCUGUGAAGGAAACCACAGAAAGUGAAAGAAGCAGAAUUAGAAAGAACGUUCCCCACUCUCAGUGCACUUCUCACAGUGAAGUCAAACCACCACCCGAACUCAACCCGUGGAAGAUCUGCUGCAACCAUUAUCUCUGUUCUUUCUUUAUCAUGCAUUUAAAAUGAGAAGGAAAAGCAUUAGCAUACUGUGUAAAUAUGGACCUUCAAGAUUAAAGUGUUAUUGGAGAUGCUUUCAACUCACAGCAACAUCUUAGCUAUUUGUUAGUUCUUUUUUUUGUUGUCUUAUCAAAGUUUAAUGGAGACACUUUCAUAAUUGUUGUUGUGUACAUUCGAUUUUCAUAAAGAUGGUAGUAAGUCAAUACAUUAACCCUCAUCUGUGUAUUAUUUGUUCACAAGUUCCAGAAGGUUGAAGGAAUGACUCUCACAUCUGUCCUUAGGUGGAGAGUGGGGGGGGGGGGGGGACAAAUAACUUUCCCUCUUUGCCUUGUUUAUUUUGUGCUGUAAUGAUUGUGAGUUCACUUAGCUGCUUACCUCAACAUAACCUUGUGUUGCCCUUGGCUUGGCCACAUUUGUUAAAUCCUUAUAUUGAAACUCUUCUUGAGGGGGAAAAUCUUACCUUUUCUUUUUCAAAAGAGAUUCUGAGGUAAACUCCCACCCUGCCCCCCCCCCAUCCAAAUAGGCAGCUUCUUAUGCAGGUCCUGCGCCCAUACCUUGCCGUGGAGGAGUGUGGUGGAUGGGGUGGGAGGUGGGUUUUCCAUAACCAUUUUCAUCUGGAUAACUCUCAUGUGAUGUGCAAAGGUCCGGGAUGGUUUUCUGAAUCAGGAUGGAGCUUAGGUCCUGCACCCAGGGAUGCCCCCCGCCCCAAGCAACAUUCUGCCUGAAGCAGGUAGAAGAAGACUUCGCUGCUCACAGAAGCUGGCAGGGAACCUAAAAGGCAUGGGAGAGAGGACUAGACAAUGGUCCGGUGGGCGAGGAGCGAGUCUUAAGGAUGGGAAUGUCAGUGAUGUACACCUCCGAUGGGAUCCCCAGGGUGGUCCUUUAAUAAGGCGAAGAGCCCCACAGAUGAGUAUGUGAGGGAAUUCUUGGAGUGACAUAGGCCAGUUGAAGGGUCUUUCUUGGAGGACUAGGCUUAAAGACUAUACCUGUCUUGUGUCUUUUGGUUUUUGUUUUGUUUGUCUUUUAUCUCCUUGUGGCAAUAUUGGGAAGGUAAGCUUGAUGUAGACCAUUGGCUUCGAUGCUAGUCCAAGAUAGGUCCUAGUGAUGUAAAGGCACUAACCCAAGAGGUCUGUGCGGUAGCUAAGUAUUGUUCUUGGUCAUCAUUGGGUGCUCUGAGGCUCUUUUCUCUGUAUCCUCUGACCCAAGACAAAAUGAACGAGUCAGUAAGCACAUCCCUGUGCCAGGCUUUGGGCCACAAAGGGCUACUCCAUUGCUUGCUAUUUCCUUUCCUGGGAAUUAGCUUUAAUUCCUGCCUCUUACUUGUUGGACUCAGCUUUGACUUUGCAUCCUUAAUCUGCCCACUUGUUUUUGUUUCUCAGAGAGGGAGAAAAGGCCUGGGAGAACUAGUGGGAAAGGUGUUGGCCAUCUGAGACUGUGCCUUGAGGCACUCUGCAAAGGAACUAACUAAUGGGGCACAGGGUGGGCAAGAACAAGACCCCUCCCCACAGGGGAAGCCAUUAGAAGCUUAGCUCAGUUAUGGGAGAGUCUUUAGAUACUUUACCAUGUUUAAUAAUACUGCCAUGAUGGUUUACGUAUUUUAAAAUUUGUCAAGUGUUAUUUUUAUAUUCUUAGUAUAAACUUUGAAAGGCAGUUAGCCUUGACUUAUUAAAUCCUAAGGAUUUUCUGUAAGGUUUUUUGUAACCUGUUUAGUUGUGUCAUUCGAAAUGCCUAACCUCUUAGGUACACAAGCCCAUAGCUUCGUGUACUGGAACCAGAGUAAUCCGCUGAUUCAUAUUGGAUCCCAGGUAUACCUUUUGAUGGUAUCGAGUGUUAACGCACCUCCCCUGACUUCCCUAGAGACUGUUGAUUAUCUGCUCUUUCUGUUGUGUGACGGUAGAACAGCUGAAAGGACAAGCAUUUUCACUGAGCAGCUCUCUCCUUGUCCCUUAGACCUACCGUAGGGAGAGUUCUAAGUGUUCUCCCGGGUUCAGUUUACUGAUUUGAAAAGGUUUGUGGGGAAAGGCAGGCGAUUUAGAGAGAACCUGUAUAAUUUUUGCCUCACAAGUCCCACAGGUGGGAUGGGCAGGUGCAUGUUAUUGUGUUCUGUGUUUGAAAGUUUAGUGUGCUCUAGACAGUAGACCUCUUGACCUUCUUACAUGACUUCCUGCUAAACUGCUUUUUAUUUUAAGGACACAUGCAGCGGAGGCUGGUUUGGGGACUAACACCUUUUGCAUUCUGCACUGUUGUCUUAGAACACACACACUGUAGACAGCAUGUUGCACCCAGACCACACUGACUGGCCCCUGAGGAGCACAUAACCGCUCAUUCUUUACAUUUCACAGGUGUGGGAUCCAGAGCUGUGUCCUCUGUGAGGACUUCCCUCCUAGGCUUUAAUUUUGCUGUUUAAUUUGCAGGUGCAGCAGUGAUGGAGAGUGGCUUCCUUUUGCUGUAAGAGUGUCUGAUAUUAUGUUCUCUUCUCCACUCUUGGCUCCACUCCCCUGCUCUGGCCAGGGCUCUGGCUCCCUCCUCACCUUCUGCUUUCUUCCCUCUUCAUACCUGAGGUAUUGUCCCUGCUUCCCCUCCCAGCGAUUCUCCUGUUUGCAUGCUCUCUCCCUCCUCUUCCAUGGUUUCCACGCUUGCAGUGGCCACUGAUACUUGAGUCAGGUUCCCUCUGGCAGGAGGGAACAUUGUGGAUGUCUGCACCAGGGCCACAUCUCCAGUUUCUCUUAACCUUUUGCCUCAACAGGUCUUUCCUUGGGAUUUGCUCCUCCAGAACCUGGAUUGGAGAGCCUGACCUUUUGCUUGUUAUUUUGCAGUUUGACUCUGGGCCUCUCAGCUGUGGUCUGCACGUCAUUAACCAGCCCUCUCUGUUUUUACUCCUCUACCUUUGCAGGACCCAGGGCGUGGGUCAGUGUUAGUGGUAGCGUGCUCUCAUUCGCUUGGAAGUGGUGGCCGUGUGGCCGUUACACUGCCCUUGCAGAUAUGGCCCUCGUCGUCGUGUAAUGUGUGUGCACCUCCCUGCUGUGCAGGCAGCUUGGAGUGCAGGCUAUGUUGCUGGAAGUGCGCUGGCUGCUUAGAAACCACGAGACACCGCCUUGCUUUCUUCUGGCCUCACUGUUUCUGCCAGUCACGUGCUCUUCCCGAAUGAGUGACACUGCUGUGCUUUCCUCCGGUUUUCCUUGGCAUUGACCACUUGGGAACUCUUGCAGGCUGUAUAUGUGAAAGAUAGUAGUGACAUAGGUGGAAAGAAAUGUACUGUUUGUGUAUCAUUUGUGUGGUUUCAUAGCAAACAAUGUGUUUGAACUGUACUGUAACCAAAAAGUCUGUCAAUAAAACAUUAAGAUGUUCUCCUGA